AUGGCGGCACCGCGCCCGCAGCAGCAGCUGCUCCUGCUCCUCGUCUCGCUGCUCGCCGCCGCCGCGCCCCGCCGCGCGGACGCGUGGGGCAAGGAGGGCCACAUCAUGACCUGCAAGAUCGCCGAGAGGUACCUGUCGGAGGACGCGAAGGCGGCGGUGCAGGAGCUGCUGCCGGCGUCGGCGGGCGGGGAGCUGUCGACCAUGUGCCCGUGGGCGGACACCAUGCGCUUCCGCUACCACUGGGCCAGCCCGCUCCACUACGCCAACACGCCCAACGUCUGCAACUUCAACAACUCCCGGGACUGCCACAACCCUAAAGGCAUGCAGGGGAUGUGCGUCGUCGGAGCCAUCAACAACUACACGGAGCAGCUCUACACCUACGGAGACUCGCCAAAGAGUUCAUAUAACCUGACGGAGAGCCUCAUGUUCCUGGCACACUUCGUCGGAGACGUGCACCAGCCGCUGCACGUGAGCUUCGAGGAAGACGAGGGCGGGAACACCAUCCAGGUGCACUGGUACCGGAGGAAGGCCAACCUGCACCAUGUGUGGGAUGUCAGCAUCAUCGACUCGGUGAUGAAGGACUUCUACAACAAGGACCUGGACACCAUGGUGGAUGCCCUCCAGACAAACCUGACGCUGAGUGCACCAAAUGGGUGGUCUGACGAUAUCAGCGACUGGGAGAACUGCACGAACAAGAAGGCAACCUGCGCAAAUGACUAUGCAAUUGAGAGCAUAGAUUUGUCGUGCAACUAUGCGUACAAGGAUGUGACGCAAAACAUUACUCUAGGAGAUGAUUAUUACUUCACCAGGUACCCAGUUGUGGAGAGGAGAUUAGCACAGGGCGGGGUCAGAUUGGCGAUGAUACUCAACCGUAUAUUUGACAAGAAAGUAGAUACUAUGCCAUUAUAUGUACAGUAAGGUUGUAAUUACCACACACACACAAAAGGCUGAAAUGUAUUAUAGCAGCCGCUGCUACUAUGUUGUUUGAUCAGUUGUCACCUCAAUAAGUUUGCACAUUCUGUAAUAUAUAGAAACCACAUUACCUUAGCAUAGCAUUCAGACAUGCAAUUGUUGUAAAGUUGUAAUAUAAGACAUCUAUUAGCUUGAACAAUAAACA